AAUCUUUGUCGCAUUGUCAGUAUUAUUUCAGUCUGUGGACCAAUUUCGAAGGUCUAUCGCAAUGUUUCAGUUGCAUUAUUUUUAUUUGUUGAUUCUAUUUUCUCUUAGCUAUGAAGUGACUGGAAAUCUUUAUAACCACAGUCAAAUAGACUUGACCAAAUGCAAGAUUCACUACUCCCGUUCAGGAAGCGUCUACAGAGAUUUCUACUCCUUAACAGACAUGCCCGGUGCAAAUGACACUCUCUUGUUGGACUUUCACUUCUCAGUCUUAGCUCCUAGCGAUGCCCAUAUUCUUUUAGCGCCAUCGGACAAAGUAGAAAAAGGAGAUCCCGUUUACGAAAUCGUCAUAGGAGCAGGAGGGAACACGUUUUGCGAUAUUAGAAGGAGACAGAAGGCUGACGUCAAGGCGUCAGUUAGAAUUAACGGAUUAUUGAGUCCUCUUGACCCUCAAUCGUUUUGGUUGCAUAUUACUAAGGAUGGAGAUAUUGCUGUCGGAAAAGAAAACGAAGAACUACCCUUCAUUUCAUGGGUAGAUACAGAUCCAUUACCAUUAAAAGUGAUAAGUUUCAGUACUUGGUCAGGUGUUGAAGCAAAAUGGUAUUUUGACUGUAAAAUCGACAAUAUUAAAAAAAUAGAAAGACCAUUGACUCAUCUAGAAAAACUCAGACGUGACUUGCUUUACCAUUACGAUCCUUAUGUUAGACCUGUUAAAAAAAUAUCGACAUUUACCAAUGUUUCAAUGGCAUUGAACAUUAAUUUUAUUUCACUGGAUGAACAUAAGGCAACAAUGGAACUAUCGGGUGUGACAAAAAUGGUUUGGCAGGAUGAAAAACUUAUUUGGGACCCCAAUCAAUAUGGCGGAUUAAAAAGUCUACAUAUAUUCAGGCGAGAAAUUUGGCAGCCAGAUUUGGUUCUUUACAAUGCCCUCGGUGACGCUCGUGAUAUGCUAGAAGACACAAUGAUGGUCGCACAUUAUACUGGUGACGUAGAAUGGAAUCCUAAAAUUAAUUUAAAGGUCUUCUGUGAUAGCAACGAUUUAGGUACAUGGCCCAAAGAUAACCAUAGUUGCAAUGUGAUAUUAGGAUUUAUGAGGGAAUUUAACAGUAUGAAACUGUCAUUUAGAGAAAAUGAAAGUUCGCUUAUUGUUCAGGAUACAUUAGAAUGGGUUAUUUUAGAAGCAGAUGUAAUAUCAGGUCUUACAUUUAACGAAAAAAAUGAAACCUCUGAGCCAGCUAUUUUCGAAAUAAUAUUUACUUUAAAAAGAAACAGCAAUAUAUAUAAUUGGUUAUUUUUUACUCCAUUUGUGUUUAUGGCUUUUUCAAUUCUCUCAUCAUUCUGGAUGGAUUCAAUUGGUAGCUUGAAAAUAUCGAUAGGCUGCAUUGAGAUGAUCCUUUGUGUUGUAAUGUUGCUAACUUUAGCAAUGAUAGUACCUCACCAUGUGAAUAAAGUUCCUUAUUUAGUUUCAUUGUACAGCUACAGUUUGGUUGCAGGACUAAUAGCACUUAUUGUAUCCACAGUUGUUAUAAAUAUAUCGAGAGAUAACCAUACGAAUGCCGUGCCACAUUUUAUGUGCAAAAUAUUAACAAGUCUUUUUUUAAAGAUUGUUUUAUUCCUACCCAAUAUUAAGAUGGCAGAUGAAUACGGAAAUUUAAACGAUAAUGCAGAAAAAUUACAAUCUAUGUGGAUAUUACUAGGAAUAACUAUAGACAGAAUUUCAUUUAUAAUAUAUUUUGUAUUUACGGUUUAUGCUGUAGUUUUAAAUUAUGAAUAAUUAUAUUACAACCACAACUAUUUUAAAUUUCCAAUCGCAUUUUUUGUUUUAAUGUGUAUGGUUUGUUUUGUUUUAUUAUUCCUGAUAUUAAAUAAAAUCGUAUUAAAUAAACCAGUUUCAUUUUUAUUUUACGU